UUUCCUACACCCUUUCCCACUCACAUCAUCAGUUCAUCGUCAACAACACCUUUGUCUCUCUUCCGAGCUUCUCUGUGUCUGUGUGUGUGUGUCUUGGUCAAUAGCAACAGCUGUUGAGCAAUAGAUGGAUAGUCAAAGUGGGUAUGGUGUUGAAGUUACUGGUUUAUCUUCAUCGGUUACUGAGAAAGAUCUUAUCGAUUUCUUCUCUUUCUCUGGUACAAUUGAAUAUAUUGAUAUUGUCAGGUCAGGUGAGCAAGCCUGUACUGCUUAUGUGAUGUUCAGGGAUUCUUAUUCUCAAGAAACUGCUGUUCUACUCAGUGGAGCAACGAUUUUGGAUCAGCGUGUUUGCAUUACGCGCUGGGGACAGCAUCACGAAGAAUUCGAUUUCUGGAAUGGGGAUCCGCGGGGUUUUGAAGAUGAAUCAGACUCUCAUCCUCAUGCUCAACCAAGCGAGUUCAACGCUGGAGAAGCAGUGACUAAAGCUCAAGAAGUGGUGAAAACAAUGCUUGCCACAGGAUUCGUGCUAGGCAAAGACGCUUUAAGCAAAGCUAAAACCUUUGAUGAAUCCCACGGCGUAUCAGCUGCGGCGAUGGCUAGAGUAUCCCAAUUAGAGCAGAGGAUCGGUCUCACUGACAAAAUCUUUAUCGGACUUGAAGCUGUGAGAAUGACCGACCAAAGGUACCAUGUUUCAGACACGGCUAAAUCAGCCAUCUCUGCCACAGGAAGAACCGCAGCAGCUGCUGCAACUAGUGUUGUCAAUAGCAGUUACUUCUCAAACGGAGCUCUUUGGCUGUCUGGUGCAUUAGAGCGAGCUGCUAAAGCUGCGUCUGAUCUCGGUAGCCACGGCUCAAGGCAGUGAAUAGACAGAGGACCAGAUCAGAACCGUAUUCGUCUGUAGAUAUAUAUGAUGCAAAGCUGAUCAUUAAUAACUACUAGCUUAUGAAAGUAUAGGUGUGAUAUGAUUUGUGUAUCAAAUUUUAUCAAAACGACUACUGUAAAGAAUCCUAAACAAGGUAUACACUUGCAUUGUUUGCUUCAUCUUAUACGAUUAAGCUUAAUAUAUCAUGCUUUAAUCAGCUUAAAUA